AUGGCGACAAACAGUGGACGAGGAAAUCCCAUCGCGGCGGCCGAGGGUGUCGAGGAGAGAAAUGCAGCUCCCCCCAACGUUUCUGGUGAGACCAAGCAAGAGAUUGCUGCUUCAACUCAGUCUGCCACUCCUGGUGCUCAUUCUUCAGGUCAAGAUGCAGGUGCCGCGCCUGCUGCUCAGGGAGCUCCCAAAGUAAAGUCUGAGAAAGAACUGGAAAAAGAGCGAAAGAAGGCUGAGAAGGCCGCGAAGCUCGAAGCGAAAAAGGCCAGGGCUGCUGCUGCCGCUACGGCUCCUGUGAAGGAGAAGAAGGCGAAGAAGGAGAAGGUCGAGGAAGAGCCGCUGCCCGAAUACGUCGAGGAUACCCCCGUCGGCGAGAAGAAGCGCAUUCGAUCAUUCGACGACCCUCACUUCAAGGCAUACAACCCCGUCGCCGUCGAAUCAGCCUGGUAUACCUGGUGGGAGAAGGAAGGCUUCUUCAAGCCCGAGUUCAAGGCGGACGGAAACGUCAAAGAUGAGGGAAGCUUCGUCAUUGUUCACCCGCCCCCCAACGUCACCGGUAACCUGCAUAUGGGACAUGCGCUGGGUGAUUCGCUCCAGGAUCUCAUGAUUCGAUGGAACAGAAUGCAUGGCAAGACUACUCUGUGGCUUCCUGGAUGUGAUCACGCUGGUAUCUCGACCCAGAGCGUCGUCGAGAACAUGCUGUGGAGACGGAAACAGCAGACCAGACAUGACCUCGGCCGAGAGAAGUUUGUUGAGACUGUCUGGGAGUGGAAGGAGGAUUACCACAAGCGAAUCAACAAGGCUCUGACUAGUCUGGGUAGCUCCUUUGACUGGAGUCGAGAGGCUUUCACCAUGGACCCUAAUUUGACAAAGGCCGUUAUGGAAACGUUCGUUCAACUCCACGAAGAGGGCAUUCUCUACCGUGCAAACAGACUUGUUAACUGGUGCACAAAAUUGAAUACCGCUCUUUCCAACCUGGAGGUCCAGAACAAGGAGCUCACUGGAAGAACUCUCCUCGAUGUCCCUGGAUAUGACAAGAAGGUUGAGUUUGGUGUCAUUGUCCACUUCAAGUACCCUAUUGAGGGUAGCGAUGAAACCGUCGAGGUCGCCACAACUCGUAUUGAAACCAUGCUGGGUGAUACUGGUAUUGCUGUCCACCCCAAGGAUCCGAGAUACACUCACCUUGUCGGCAAGAAUGCUGUCCACCCAUUCAUCGAGGGCCGCAAGCUUCCCAUCAUCGCUGACGAGUACGUCGACAUGGAGUUUGGAACUGGUGCCGUCAAGCUGACACCUGCUCACGACCCCAACGAUUUCAACCUUGGCCAGAAGCACAACCUGGAGUUCAUCAACAUUCUCACAGACGACGGCUUGAUGAACGAGAAUGCCGGACCUUACAAGGGUCAGAAGCGCUUUGACGUUCGAUAUGCCAUCCAGACCGCCCUCAAGGAGAAGAACCUGUAUGUGGACAAGAAGGACAACCCCAUGAAGGUUCCCCUGUGCGAAAAGUCCAAGGACAUUAUUGAGCCCAUCAUGAAGCCCCAGUGGUGGGUCAGAAUGAAGGAGCUUGCUGAGCCCGCUCUUGCGGCCGUCCGAGAGGGGAAAAUCAAGAUUCGACCCGAGAGUGCUGAGAAGAGCUACUACCGCUGGCUUGAGGAUAUCAACGACUGGUGUAUUAGCCGACAGCUGUGGUGGGGCCACAGAUGCCCUGCCUACUUUGCCAGAAUCGAAGGAGGCUCCGGCGACAUCCCUGAGGAGAAGCUCUGGUUCGUUGGAAGGACCAGAGAAGAGGCUGAGAAGAAGGCUCAGGCGGCGCUGCCUGGCAAAACCUUUACCCUCGAGCAAGAUGAGGAUGUCCUUGACACAUGGUUCUCAUCUGGUCUGUGGCCGUUCAGCACUUUGGGCUGGCCUGAGAAGACCAUGGAUCUUGAUAAGCUGUUCCCUACGAGCGUCCUCGAGACGGGUUGGGAUAUUCUCUUCUUCUGGAUUGCCAGAAUGAUCAUGCUUAGCUUGAAGCUAACAGGAGAUGUUCCCUUCAAGGAAGUUUACUGCCACAGUCUUGUCAGAGAUUCGGAAGGACGAAAGAUGAGCAAGAGUCUGGGCAACGUUGUCGACCCCCUGGACGUCAUCGCCGGUAUCAAACUAGAAGAUCUUCACGAGAAGCUCAACCAGGGUAACCUGCACCCUAACGAAGUCCAGAAGGCCACCAAGUACCAGAAAACUGCUUUCCCUGAUGGUAUCCCCGAGUGUGGAGCUGAUGCCCUCCGUUUCACUAUGAUCAACGCUACAACCGGUGGUGGUGAUAUCAACUUGGAGGUCAAGAUUAUCCACGGCUACCGAAAGUUCUGUAACAAGAUUUUCCAAGCAACCAAGUAUGUUCUGGGAAGUCUGCCCAAGGACUUUGUCCCCUCAAAAACGGGCGCUGUGCCUGGCAAGACCUUGGCAGAGAGAUGGAUUCUGCACAAGAUGAACCAAGCUGCCAAGGAGAUCAACAUCGCCAUUGCCGACCGCGAGUUCUCGAAAUCCACCAUCAUCGUUUACCGUUACUGGUACAACGAACUCUGUGAUGUGUACAUUGAAAACUCCAAGGCCAUUAUCCGCGAUGGUACCGAAGAGGAGCGCAACUCUGCUAUCCAGACCCUGUACACUGCUUUGGAGGGAGCCUUGACAAUGAUCCACCCCUACAUGCCCUUCAUCACCGAGGAAAUGUGGCAGAGAAUGCCCCGACGACCUAGCGAUGAGACCAAGUCCAUCAUGGUUGCCAAGUACCCCACCUACAACGCCGUCCUCGACGACCCGGCAUCAGAGGCUGCCUAUGAGCUUGUCCUCGACAGCGCCAAGGCUUCGCGAUCACUCAUGUCAGAGUAUGCCAUCAAGGAGGAUGCAGAGAUCAUCAUCCAGGCGUACAACGCAGAGUCCCUCAAGACCUGCCAGAACGAGGUUUCUUCCAUCAAGUCCCUCAGUGGCAAGGCCGUCAAGACUGUGGAAGUCGUUGGCCCUGACGCUCCCAGACCCCUUGGCAGCGUUGCUUACCCGGUUUCCACUGCCGCUUCCGUUUUCCUGCACGUCAAGGGCCGUGUAGACAUGGAUGCUGAGAUUUCGAAAGCCCAGAAGAAGCUCGACAAGGCCUCCGCCGUUAUUCAGAAGCAGGAGAAACUUCUUGCCGACCCUGGAUACAAGGAGAAGGUGUCUGUGGCCGUUCAGGAAACUGAACAAAAGAGAUUGGCCGAUGCCAAGCAGGAGAAGCACAGCUUGGAGGAGACGAUUAAGCAGUUUGAGCAGCUGAAGUUGGAGUAG